AUGCUAUUUAUGGCUUCCUUGGCUUCCCUGGUGAGUUUGGGAAGCGUGAAUAUGAUUUCUACCGGUCAUUUUGAUGGACCCAAUUCUUUUGUCCGGAGAGUUUAUGUUGCGAAAAAUGGAAGUAGUUUUCACAAAUUUUGGAGUGGGAAGAGGUGGAGGUAUGUGGGGGUGUGUAGAUAUUCAGUGGCAACUGAUUACAUUACAGAACAAGGGACUUCGGUUUCCCUUGAUUCAACAAAUAGGGGAGACAAAGACACUGACGCUGGCCUUGUUCUCAAAGCAGCUCCAAAGCCAGUAAUUAAAUCCGUGUCUAAGGUUGAGCCUUGUUUGAAUAUGCCAUGGGACGCAGCAAAACUUGGUGGGGAUUCUGCUGAUGAAAAGGUGAAUGAUGGUGACGAAGAGAGAAACAAGGUGAUCGAGUCAUUGGGAGAGGUAUUGGAAAAGGCGGAGAGGCUAGAAAGCGGUGAGAAGGCAAGUGUGUCAAUUAAAAAAACACUACCCAAUCCGAGUAUUGACCAAAGGAAUGGUAAACCAGUUAAUUCAGCUGCCAGUAAGAAGGCUAAGACUUUGAAGAGUGUGUGGCGGAAGGGGAACCCUGUUGCUACUGUACAAAAAGUUGUUAAGGAAUCUCCUAAGAUUGAGAAGGUCAUGAAAGAGGGACCAAGAACAGCGGAAAUUGGGAAGGUUGAAUCUCAAACCGUUGCUCCUCUAAGAACCCCUCAGCCACCUCAGCGAGUUCAGCCAAAGUUGCAAGCAAAACCUUCUGUAGCUCCUCCUCCACCUGUGAUCAAGAAGCCUGUUAUUUUGAAGGAUGUUGGGGCAGCUCCAAAGUUUCCUGGUACUGAUGGAACUGCCUCGGCUGCAAAGACAAAAGAUCGCAAGACAAUAUUGGUCGACAAGUUUGCAACUAAGAAACCAGUGGUUGAUCCUCUGAUUGCUCAAGCUGUUUUGGCUCCUCCAAAACCGGGAAAGAUCCCUGCACCCGGGAAGUUCAAAGAUGAAUUUCGUAAGAGGAGUGGUCCAUCUGGAGGAUCACGUAGGCGUAUGGUUAAUGAUGUUGAGAUUCCUGAUGAGGAGGCAUCAGAACUCAAUGUUUCUAUUCCUGGUGCUUCUACGGCAAGGAAGGGGAGAAAAUGGAGUAAGGCAAGUCGUAAGGCAGCUAGACUCCAGGCAGCUAAAGAGGCUGCACCGGUCAAAGUAGAUAUUUUGGAGGUAGGUCAAGAAGGUAUGUUGACAGAGGAGUUAGCCUACAACUUGGCUAGCAGUGAAGGUGAAAUCCUUGGAUAUUUAUACUCGAAGGGGAUUAAGCCUGAUGGGGUGCAAAAGCUGAGCAAAGACAUGGUGAAAAUGAUAUGCAAGGAGUAUGAGGUGGAAGUCAUUGAUGCAGCUGCUGUUAGGGUGGAGGAAAUGGCGAAAAAGAAGGAAUUUCUUGUUGAAGAGGAUUUGGACAAGUUAGAAGACAGGCCUCCUAUCCUUACCAUUAUGGGUCAUGUUGAUCAUGGAAAGACAACCCUUUUGGAUUAUAUUAGGAGGAGCAAGGUGGUGGCAUCUGAAGCUGGUGGGAUAACACAAGGAGUUGGUGCCUAUAAGGUUCAGGUGCCUGUUGAUGGAAAGAUGCAAACAUGCGUUUUUCUUGAUACUCCAGGGCAUGAGGCAUUUGGGGCCAUGCGAGCUCGUGGAGCAAGGGUUACAGAUAUUGCUGUUAUUGUAGUGGCUGCUGAUGAUGGGAUCCGUCCUCAAACAAAUGAGGCCAUAGCUCAUGCCAAAGCAGCUGGGGUGCCAAUUGUGAUAGCCAUAAAUAAGAUUGACAAGGAGGAAGCUAAUCCAGAGAGAGUCAUGCAAGAGCUUUCUUUGAUUGGUCUUAUGCCAGAGGAUUGGGGUGGAGAGAUCCCAAUGGUCCAGAUCAGCGCUCUAAAAGGGGAAAAUGUGGAUGAUUUGUUGGAAACCAUCAUGCUUGUUGCAGAGUUGCAAGAGUUGAAGGCUAAUCCUCACAGAGAUGCAAUGGGCACAGUCAUUGAGGCAGGUCUUGAUAAAUCUAAAGGACCUAUUGCUACAUUCAUUGUGCAGAAGGGCACACUGAAACGAGGGGACAUAGUAGUUUGUGGUGAAGCCUUUGGGAAGGUGCGGGCUUUAUUUGAUGAUGGUGGAAAACGAGUUGAUGAAGCUGGCCCCUCAGUACCAGUACAGGUGAUAGGACUGAAUAAUGUUCCAUGUGCUGGUGAUGAAUUUGAGGUUGUUGGCUCCCUCGAUGCUGCACGUGAAAAGGCUGAGUUACGGGCAGAGUCAUUACGAGAUGAACGUAUAUCAGCCAAGGCUGGGGAUGGGAAGGUUACGCUUUCUUCCUUGGCUUCUGCAGUUUCUGCAGGAAAGCAUGGGUUAGACUUGCACCAGCUGAAUAUUAUAAUGAAAGUUGAUGUCCAGGGUUCCAUUGAAGCAGUCAGACAAGCCCUACAGGUGCUUCCACAAGAUAAUGUCACUUUGAAGUUCCUCUUGCAAGCAACUGGGGAUGUGAACACUAGUGACAUUGAUCUUGCGGUGGCAAGCAAAGCCAUUAUUUUUGGAUUUAACGUGAGAAUACCUGGUCCUGUCAAGAGCUAUGCAGAAAACAAAGGAGUUGAGAUUCGGCUAUACAGAGUUAUUUAUGAUCUUAUUGAUGAUGUCCGGAAGGCAAUGGAGGGACUCCUGGAGCUUGUUGAGGAACAAGUACCAAUUGGUUCAGCAGAAGUUCGUGCAAUAUUCAGCAGUGGCAGUGGUCGUGUAGCUGGAUGCAUGGUAACAGAAGGAAAAGUAGUGAAAGAUUGCAGCAUCCGGGUUUUGAGAAAAGGAAAAACAAUCUCCACCGGUAUUCUUGAUUCUCUGAAGCGGGUUAAGGAGGUUGUGAAAGAGUUCUCUGUCCCAUAUCGUGGCGUACCAUGGGCCUAUGGUAAUCUAGUGCACUAG